AUGCCAGUUACAAAUAAGUCAAGAUUGGGAGAGCACCAAAAAAUUAUUGCUGGACCUCUCAAAUAUUUAUUGAAUAUUAUGAGAGCAUGUCUUAGGUUAAAAACUCAACCAAAAAUAUGGAAUGAAGAAGUAUUGGUAACACUACCAAAACCAGGACAAGAUCAAAGAUGGCUGAAGAAUACCAGAGUAAUCACCCUUUCAUGUACUGAAGGGAAACUUCUCCUCACCAUAUUGUCAACUAAAAUCUCUAAAAAAUUAGAAAAAGAGAAUUUCUUUUCAAAAGCCCAAGCAGGCUUCAUAAAAGUCCAAGAGGCAGUUGCACAUGCUGCAAGAAUCAAUUCAUUUACUAGGGGGAUUGGGACCUGCCAAGGUUGCCUCCUAUUUAUCAUUUUUGUAAAUGAUUUAUUCAGGGAGGUUAGGGCAUUGAGGUCCAGGGUUAUAUCUAAAAUUUCCUAG